AUCCAACUCAUAACAUCGUCUGUUAUAGCCAAUCCAUGAACACCAUAUAAUGCCGGCGUGAGCAAGAGAUCUCUCCUACCCUGCAUCUAUCUCAGCAUCACCACUUCCCCCAGCCCAGCAAAACCGGUAACUAAUAGUAAUCGAUUACCCCAGAGUUGGUGACCAACAUCGCAGUGGACAAGCAUGUACCAUAACAAUGCCGUCCAACGGAACCGGAGCCAUUCUGGCCAACCCAUUUGAAGAACCGCCACGACGCAUGAACGAAUACACAGCACGGGAAAUCGCUACGCUUCAGGCACGGCUCGAUAAGAAGUUGGGCCCUGAGUAUAUCUCCUCCAGACCAGGUGCUUCGGGACAGAGGGUGCACUAUCUCUCUGCGGACAAGUGUAUAAAUCUUGCAAAUGAGGUCUUUGGGUUUAAUGGCUGGUCCAGUUCUAUUCAGAAUAUUCAGAUUGAUUUUGUUGAAGAGAGUCAGCACACUGGCAAGAUUAGUCUGGGACUAUCAGUGAUAGUGAGGGUCACUUUGAAAGAUGGAACCUAUCAUGAGGAUAUUGGGUAUGGUCACAUCGAGAAUUGCAAGGGGAAAGCUGCUGCUUUUGAGAAGGCCAAGAAGGAAGGGACAACAGAUGCCCUUAAGCGUGCCCUGAGAAAUUUCGGCAACGUUUUGGGCAAUUGUAUUUACGACAAAGACUAUGUUUCCAAAGUAACUAAAGUGAAAGCCGCACCUGCCAAAUGGGACGUUGAGGAUCUUCAUCGUCAUCCUGAUUACGUCCCGAUUAAGAAAGAGCCGGCUCAACAGAAACCAGCCUUGGAGGAUGACGAUCUUCCUCCUCCUCGGGUGAAUCUUGCUAGUAAGAAUGAAAGUGUUGAUAACAGCGCUGCGUUUGAUGGCGAUGGAGAGUUUGGAAGUGAUUUAUUUGAUGAAGCCGACUUUGUGGUUUCAGCCACUGGAAAUCCCGAUGAAAUCGUAUUGGACUCAGAGUCAUUGAAAAAACAACCACAGGUGCCCACACAUGGCCAAAUUGUCCAACAAAGAACACAGGCAGAUCUUUCUCGUCCUCCUGGGAGGCCCAAUCCAGCUUUUACGACGCCGUCGAAGCCAGAUAGGUCUUGGGCACCUUCCCCAGCACCAAGACCACAGAAUCAGAUCACACACAACGUCGCUUCAUCUCUCAACGGGCGAUACAAUCCCUCACUAGGUCAGGAUAGGUUUGCUGGACAAGGGGACUUUGCUUCUCGUCCCACAGCCCAACCGAACGUUCAGAAUGUCAGAAUGGGAUCCUCUCUCCAACAAAGACCUAAUCAAGAGACAAAUGCCAUUGGUGGUGGCCAAAUACCUAUCAAGCGGGAGCCUGGUCCAAAUGUCAUGGAUAAUGAGACUGGAAGCAAUGAUUCGAGUGAUAUUAGUCUAGGCGGUUCGCAGUCUGCGGACAAUCAACGUCUACCCGGUACCCCAGCUACAUUCUUCUCUGCCAGAGCAGUUGAUAUGAUACGGGAUAAUCCCAAUAUAGCUCCCACGGUAGCUCCGCAAUUUGAUCCUCAUGCAGAGAGCCCGUCCAUUCGCAAAACUGCGGGCUUCGAUCACAGCAAGAGCCUCCCUAUCACCAAGCCAAUGCUUGCCAGUGCCUCUUCCGCUACGAACCAAACUCGUGAUUUUAUCAACCCCUCCGCAGAUAUGCACCGCAAAAUAGGCGCUCCUGGCGGCAGCGGAAUCGGCUCCCCUCUGAAUCGGGGACAAACAACCUCUUCUUACCGUCCCUUGACACGCCCAAACGUUGACCCGAGAAACAUGAACGCUCCAAACAAGGGGGGAGUUUGUCUCGGUCCACAGAUAAACAAUAUCAACAAUAAUGGGAAACGGCCCCCGCUGAGCGACGUCACCAAUGCCAAUAAUAACGCUGGUGGAAAUGGGAAUGGCUUCGCUGCUGGAGCUGGAAUCGGCGAUCCAAAGAGGCAGAGAGUCAAUAACAACGAUGGGACAUCAAAUGGUCUACCACAACAAUCACAGAACUAAUUCCGUGGCCGGCCAUAAUCCAGAAACACGGGAAAAUUUGUCCAGACAUCCAUCUACAAGUCUGGUUUGACUUGCCCUUCUAAGUAUCAUUCUUACCACAGUGCACGGCGUUCAUUGGGGAGUAAAAGGCCAUACCGUAGGUAUCAUACCAUGCUGGAAUAAACGGUUCGAGAUAACAUGCAAGGAAUGCUCAAAUUAGUUUGUUCUGUUUCGUGUUGUUAUUAGAGUUUAUAUAACAGCCUACAUGUUUUAUCCCUAUUUUCAUUUUCCUAUACCUAUCCUUCAUACCUAUAUAUACCUGCAACCUAGGGGGGCUUUUUGUCUGAGCAGAUAGGUGGCUGCAAGUCUCGACGUCAGUCUCUUGUCCCAUGUAAUCAUGUAAGCUGCAG